AUGCAGACAACAAGAGGGAGUGGAGGAGCCUCUGGACUACGGGAGGGGAAACGGGAGGGAAACCGGAGCCGGGAGCGCUGCCUGCCCGGUGCACUGUUCCGGGAAUUGGCCAUUGUCUCUGCUCCCCUCCCAGCACCAGCCUCCCCGGGAAGCAGCUGGGUGCCAGAGCCACGGCUCUUCCCCGGCGCCCGAGGAUGGAGCUCAGCGGAGCUGGGAGGGAGCGGUGCUGGCUCCACGGCACAGGGGAGGAAGGUGCCAAUAAACCAUCAGCUCGGGCUUCUGGAGGGUCUGCAGAGACACAGGCAAAGGGCCUCGAGCCCGCUCCAGUCUGCCCAGCUGCCGCUCGCCCUGCUGCACAGCCUGCCUUUCCCAGGCAGCAGAAAUGCAGCCCCGGCGGGGAAGCCACCAGGUCGUCCCGACCGGCACCUCCUCACCCGCGACCCCGCGGACUACGGCGAGCUCCGAGCAGGAGGAUCCAAGCCCGAGGCGUUUGGGGCCUGGCAGAAGCACUCCGUGCCCCCCGGGACCCGGCUGCCGUGGCCAGACCAGGAACAUCUGGAUGAGGAGAUAAACAACCUCCGGAAGGAGCUGCGGGUGAAGGUCAACCGCCUCUUCGAGGCCCAAGGUAAAGCUGAGCUGAAGGGAUUUAACCUGAACCCCAUGACUGCUGAGGAAAUGAAGUUAAUCAAUCGCAUCCUGGAGGGCUGA